UGUCUGUCUCACCUCUCCCCUCUAGCCUUGGAGGAUAGGCAGAUCAGAUAAGCAGACUGACUGGCUGGAUCUCUGUCUCUCUCUCUCUCUCUCUCUCGCACUCUCACGCCAGUCAAAUAGAUCUAUCUACAGUCUGUCUGUCUGUCUAUCAACGAUGGUGGUCCCUGGCUCUCAACACGCAGAGGACAAGAUGUACCAUCCUCCGGAGGGUCUGCAGAAGGAUGCUCAUGUGCCUGACUUCAACUGUUAUCUGGAACUUUACAAGAAGUCUAUUGAGGAGCCGGACGUAUUCUGGAAAGAGGUCGCUAGUGAUUUCUAUUGGAAGAAGCCUCCUACGGGUCACGUUCUGCAGUAUAACUUCGAUGUGACCAAAGGGAACAUCUAUGUCAAAUGCAUGGAGGGAGCCAAAACCAACAUGUGUUACAACGUCCUGGACAGGAACGUGAAGGAUAAGAACCUUGGUGAACGAGUGGCAUUCUACUGGGAAGGGAACUCACCUGAUCACCACGUGGCCAUCACCUACAGUCAGCUGCUGGGACAGGUGUGCAGGUGUGCCAACGUUCUGAAGCAAAUGGGAGUGAGGAAGGGAGACAGGGUGGCCAUCUACCUCCCUAUGAUUCCGGAGCUGGUGUACACCAUGCUGGCCUGCGCCAGGAUAGGAGCUGUCCACUCCAUCGUGUUUGCAGGCUUCUCCUCUGAGUCUCUGUGUGAGAGGAUCCUGGAUUCCCAGUGUAGUAUCCUGGUGACUGCAGAUGGUGUAUACAGAGGGGAGAAAUGGAUCAACCUGAAGCAGAUAGCAGAUGAAGCUCUAGAAAAGUGCAAGGAGAAAGCAUCAGCGACCGUUAAAAGAUGUCUAGUAGUUAAGCAUCACGCACUGAGGAUAAAAAGUGGGGAUGUUUCUAACGAACCGCAGACUCCGUGGGAUGCUGCAUGUGAUGUGUGUUGGGAGGAGGUGAUGGGACAGGUCUCAGAGCAGUGUGAACCUGAGUGGCUGGAUGCAGAGGAUCCUCUCUUCAUACUUUAUACCAGUGGAUCUACUGGCAAACCAAAGGGUGUCCUCCACACAGUAGCAGGCUACCUGCUCUACACUUCUCUGACCUUUAAGUAUGUGUUUGACCACCAGCCAGACGAUGUGUACUGGUGUACCGCUGAUAUAGGAUGGAUCACAGGACACUCCUACAUCACCUAUGGACCCCUGGCCAAUGGGGCUACCAGCGUCCUGUUCGAGGGUAUUCCAGUCCACCCUCACGUUGGGCGUUUCUGGGAGGUGAUUGAGAAGUACAGAGUGACCAAGUUCUACACAGCUCCCACAGCCAUACGCCUUCUCAUGAAGUACGGGAAAGAGCCACUACAAAAAUACGACCUGUCAUCGCUGAGGAUCCUGGGAACUGUAGGCGAGCCCAUCAACCCGGAGGCGUGGCAUUGGUACUACGAGGUUGUUGGUCAGAAGAGAUGUCCCGUCGUGGACACCUUCUGGCAGACUGAGACCGGUGGUCAUGUUCUGACGCCACUUCCUGCUGCUACUCCUCUGAAGCCUGGAUCAGCUACCUUUCCAUUCUUUGGAGUGGAUCCCACCAUACUGAAUGAGCAUGGAGAGGAACUGGAGGGAGAGGCAGAGGGCUAUCUGGUGUUCCGGCGGCCCUGGCCUGGUAUCAUGCGCACCGUGUACGGAAACCAGGAGAGGUUUGAGAACACAUACUUCAAGAAAUUCCCAGGUUUUUACGUGACCGGAGACGGCUGCAGGAGGGAUAAAGAUGGAUACUACUGGAUCACAGGCAGGAUAGAUGACAUGAUCAACGUAUCAGGUCACCUGCUGAGCACAGCGGAGGUUGAGUCAUCUCUAACAGACCACGGAGCGGUGGCCGAAGCUGCAGUGGUCAGCAGACCCCACGCGGUCAAGGGGGAGUGUCUCUACUGUUUCGUUACGCUAAAGGACUGCAGAGAGUUCAACCGCACUCUGGUGGACGAACUCAAGAGGCAAGUGAGAGAGAAGAUUGGUCCGAUCGCCACCCCAGACUUCAUCCAGAAUGCUCCUGGACUUCCUAAAACACGUUCUGACUGAGCGACGGAGACCAGCUCUACUCUCCUCCCAUGAUCCUUCACACCACGCUGAGACGGAGGCCAGCUGUCCUCCCAUGAUCCUUCACACCACGCUGAGACGGAGGCCAGCUGUCCUCCCAUGAUCCUUCACACCACGCUGAGACGGAGGCCAGCUGUCCUCCCAUGAUCCUUCACACCACGCUGAGACGGAGGCCAGCUGUCCUCCCAUGAUCCUUCACACCACGCUGAGACGGAGGCCAGCUGUCCUCCCAUGAUCCUUCACACCACGCUGAGACGGAGGCCAGCUGUCCUCCCAUGAUCCUUCACACCACGCUGAGACGGAGGCCAGCUGUCCUCCCAUGAUCCUUCACACCACGCUGAGACGGAGGCCAGCUGUCCUCCCAUGAUCCUCCACACCACACUGCUCAGGAACUUCAGAGACACACCGCUCUUCCAGCUCAGCACGGGAGAGUGUUUGUGUGUGUACAUGUGUGCAAGUGCGUGUGUGUGUGUGUGUGUGCAUCCAACAUAAAUUAGCUGCACAAUAGAGAAGUCCAGGAGGCAGCAAGUGGAUGGAUCUUUUUGUUUUUGCUUUUCAAAAGACAGACAGACGGACAGACGAGCGGGACGGAACGGGACAGACAGACAGAAGCACAGAAAGAAGGACAGACAGACAGACGGACAGGAAGACAGACAGACGGACAGGUGGACAGACAGACGGACAGGUGGACAGACAGACGGACAGGUGGACAGACAGACGGACAGGUGGACAGACAGACGGACGGACAGAAGGACAGACGGACAGGUGGACAGACAGAAGGACAGGUGGACAGACAGACGGACAGGUGGACAGACAGACGGACAGGUGGACUAUAGUAGUGCACUAUAUAGGGAACAGGGAAUAGGGCGGCAGACAGAUGGACAGGUGGACAGACAGAAGGACAGGUGGACAGACAGACAGACGGACCGGUGGACAGACAGAAGGACAGGUGGACAGACAGGUGGACAGACAGACGGACAGACGGACAGACAGAAGGACAGGUGGACAGACAGACAGACGGACCGGUGGACAGACAGGUGGACAGACAGACGGACAGGUGGACAGACAGACAGACGGACCGGUGGACAGACAGGUGGACAGACAGACGGACAGACAGACGGACAGACAGACGGACAGGUGGACAGACAGACGGACAGACAGACGGACAGAAAUAGAUGAUGUAGCCACUCUCAAUUAUUCCAAACCAUUUCUCGUACGAUAGGCCGUAGUAUAACAGUCAUCACUUCAAACUUCCCAUAAAUCUUUGCUUUGCUUAAAACAUAUAGUCAGUCUUGAUAAUAUCCUCCUUCAGUUAUAUGUGGCCAGAACAGGAAUCUGCGUCCCAAAUGGCACCCUAUUCCCUAUUAUAGUGCACUACUGUUGACCAGAGCCCUAUUCCCUAUAUAGUACACUACUGUUGUCACGCCCUGGUCUUAGUAUUCUUUGUGUUCUUUAUUAUUUUAGUUAGGUUAGGGUGUGACAUGGGGAAUGUUUGUGUUUUGGGUGGUUAUGUGGUAAAGGGGGUGUUGGGUGUAGUGUAUGGGUUUGUGUUGAGUGAAGGUGUCUAGCUGUGUCUAUGGUUGCGUGUAGGUUCUAGGAAAGUCUAUGGUUGCCUGAAUUGGGUCUCAAUUAGAGACAGCUGGUUAUUGUUGUCUCUGAUUGGGAGCCAUAUUUAAGGCAACCAUAGGCUUUAGCUGUUUGUAGGGAAUUGUCUAUGUCUGUGUCUAUGUUGCAUGUUUUUGCACUUAGUCAUUUAUAGCUUCACGUUCGUCUGUUUGUUGUUUUUGUUUCGUUUUGUCAUUCUUCUAAUAAAGAGAAGAUGUACUUUC